GAGAGCUGCCUGCCAGACACAACUGUGGUCACAAUCGCCCAUCGCCUCCGAGGUGUCCUGCGAUCUGCCUGAAUGAAAAGACAGAAGCGACGCCACCGCCUUCUGCACGGAUAAAGAUUGGUUGGAACUGUUUUCCGAGUGGUGGAGUUUGCUGGAAGUGAAGAAACAUGGACUCACGGAAAGUGUCCGAGCUGAAAGCCUUCGUGCAGCUGUGCGAGGCGAACCCCGCGAUCCUGCACCUGCCGGAGAUGGGCUUCCUCCGGAACUGGCUGCAGAGCCUGGGUGCCACCAUCCCUCCUCCACCAAAAGCUAAAGAUUCCUGCCAGGGCGGCUGCCCAUGCGGCCCCCCUCCCACGGCCGCUGCACCCCCCGCGCCAGAGCCCCCCAUGUCAUCUGAGAGUGAGGAGAGUGAAAUAGAAAUUGACCAAGAGGGCGUGAUCGAGCCAGAGAGCGAGGAGCUUCCAGAGAUGGCAGAGUUUGAAAACGUUGAGGUGACGGAAGAGAUGGCAGAUCAGGCCAACGAGAAGAAGAUGGAGGCCAUCGUCGCCCUGGGCGAAGGAGAGCUGCAGAAGGCGCUGGACCUCUUCACUGAAGCCAUCAAGCUCAAUCCCUGCGUGGCCAUUCUGUACGCCAAGCGAGCCAGCGUCUUCAUCAGGAUGCAGAGACCAAACGCAGCCAUCAGAGACUGUGACAGAGCCAUCAGCAUCAACCCCGACUCUGCUCAGCCCUACAAGUGGAGGGGCAAGGCCCACCGGCUGCUGGGACACUGGGAGGAGGCCGCCAAAGAUCUGGCCAUGACCUGCAAACUGGACUAUGACGAGGACGCCAGCGCGCUGCUGAAGGAGGUCCAGCCCAAGGCCAACAAGAUCAUGGAGCACAGACGCAAGUACGAGCGCAAGAGGGAGGAGAAGGAGAUCCGGGAGAAGCAGGAGCGCAUCAAGAAGGCAAGAGAGGAGCACGCCAGAGCGCAGAGGGAGGAGGAGGCCAGGCAGUCGGCUGAGGGAGCAGGGUUCUUCCCGGGUGCUGCUGGGUUCCCGGGUGGAUUCCCAGGUGGGUUCCCUGGAGGCGCCCCAGGAGGAGCAGCACGAGGCUUCCCAGGCGGAGCUCCAGGCAUGGCUGGAUUUGGAGACCUGCUGAACGACCCGGAGCUCCUCAUGGCCAUGAAGGACCCAGAGGUGAUGACAGCCAUCCAGGAUGUGACCAGCAACCCGGCCAACAUCUCCAAGUACCAGAACAACCCCAAAAUCAUGGGCCUGAUGGCCAAGCUCAGCGCCAAGUUUGCGCCGCCGCCGUCACAGCCGUAGACCAGCCCCGAGAGCCGCCAAGCUUCUCCACUACCUUUCCACUGUUUGCAGACCAGCGGGGCUUGGACUCGCUUCCCAACGUUCCCAACCUGGCGGCGAGUGGCGUCAUGGGGAUCUGACUAUUUGACUCAUCUCAGCUGGGACUCUCACUGCAGCUUGAUUUGUGGAUGGCGGGGAAGGCUAACACGCAAGCUAACAUUCUCCCAAGUGUCUGGGCUUAAUCUCUGCGCGGAACCAAACUCACAACCUUGUUACUUCUUUGUUAUAAAUGAGACUUAUUUGGGGAGAAUCACAAUAAACUUCUGUUGCUGUUAA